GUACACAAGAGUCGAAGCAGUUCAAGAAAAGUACACGCCCAAUUUCCUCUUGAAAACUUGUUUAAUUAGGAGGUGAUAAUAACAAAGUGUAUCAAAUGAGUGAGUAUUACGACUAAUGAGGAUAUGACGGAGGGUUACAAGAUGAUUUUCUGUAUAGGGGCAGAAUAGAAAAAAAGGGUGAACAAAACAUCAUGUGUGUGGAAAACUCAUGAACUGAGCUGAAAAUGAGGAUGGGGAAAGAACAAGAUGGACGACUAACUUAUAGGAACUGUGGAGGCUGGUUCAUUGUAGUUUUUAGAAUUGUCAUGCUCCAAGUGGCCAUCACGCCUGUGGCUCAUUCAACGACAGAGCUCCCACCCCUGUUAGAGGUUGAUUCCCUAACACCAGUGCCUUCAACCAGAUCCCUUGCCAGUACUUACCCUCCAUUCUUAGAUUUAGGAGAAGGUUCACUAAAUGAAAGCGUCACAACAACAAUUCCUGGUGUAUCAGAAGAGUUUAACUCGGCACCUCCAGGGACUGUUUCAACUAUUUCAACUUCAGUGAACGCUGUCAUAACAUCAACUACGGAAUGUGUUGAUAACUGCACAAAACCCCAGCUCACUGAAGGGGGAACUACAGAGUAUGUGGAAACGAGCGAGGAUCAAUCUGAAAUAUCAACUCAAACAAAACCAUCAACAGUAGUAUUCAACUCAACCAGUCAGCCAGAACCAACAACUCCACUAACAUCACAGUCUUCUUUUACAUCCACUUCAACUCCGGAAACCUCAACACUCAACUCAACAUCCACAACGCCACGAGUUACAGAUGGUUCAACGAGUGGAGUUGACAAAUCCACGACAACAUUCUCUACUCAACCAUCAACACCAGCCACCAACAGUCCUUCCCCCACCCUAUCUAUCACCCCUGUCCCCACCCUAUCUAUCACCCCUUAUAUCACACUUCCAAGUACUCUACAAACAACAACGCCUGUCAGCGAAUCUACACCUUCAUCCACCACUCAAAGCAAGGCAUCAACUCCAAGUACAUCCACAGAUUUUAUUGCCACAACAAUGACUGAUGUAAAUAAAAGCGGUUCUGUGCUUACAACACAACAGUGGGUUGGAAUAGGCAUUGCAAUUGCACUAGCUCUUGUACUCUUAGGUGUAGCAGUGAUUUUGUUGACCUGGUUGAGAGCCAGACACAACCUGAGCAAGAAACCAAUUAUCACUGUCAGUAAAAUGGAAUACGCCCAGAGUACCACCCUGGAGAAGAAGACGGACCCACAGUGGCGGAAAAGUCUAACCAUGGCACUGCAGUCCAUGAACACACACAUUGAAGUACCAACAGUAACAGAUAAAGAGAUGCAAGCAGUGGACAAUGCAGCAUUCAAGGAAGAUACAACUGACCCCAAGACAACCAAUCAGGACCCUUUACAUCUCACAAAGGUUUGAAAUUGACCAAUGAGGAUGCUUUACAUCUCACAAAGGUUUCAAACCAAUCAAUGAGGCAUCCAAUGAGGACGCUUUUACAUCUCACAAAGGUUUGACACCGGCUAAUGAGCUAGCUCGAACUCCAAGUUGGCUGCAACAGUAUUCCUUUUUUUUUCAUGUUGUGGUUUUCUUUUCUUUUUGGAGGGGGGGGGGGGGGUGAAAGGGUGUUUGUUGUGUUUUAUCCAAGCUGGAGGGUUUCUUCUAAGGAGAAGAACAAAAUGUCUUAAAGAAAGUGUUGUCCAUGGUUAUUGCUGUACUUUUCAAACAAAAUUUGUAAGGUGGUGAAGAGUUGUAAAUUUUGUUCAUCAGGAAAUAGUGAUAAAAUGUUUAUUGUGACCACGAUGCUGUGGGGGACGCUAGGUGGCAGCAGACUCACCUGGUUAAUCCACCAUUCUUGGAAAUGUGCGUAUUCUCAUAACUGCCUAAAAAGAAAGAAAAAAACACACCUUAAUUGUAGUGAUGUUGGACUUUAUAUUGCCAUGCUUUGUAGUGACCUCAAAAUAAUUUGAGAAUUGGCCAAGAACCUGGGCCACAGGUCCAAGUGAUUCUAGCCUUGAGCCAGUGAAGACCAGUGGUCUUGUGUUUUUCAAUUGACUAAAACUCACCUCUGUCACAGUGUAAUACAAAAGAAAAGGAUGUACAAUAAUGACUUUGUGCCUUAUUGAUAUCUUACAAUUGUAUCAAUAAUCAAAGCAUAAGCAUGUACGUAUCCAACUUCGAGGCAUACUAAAUAUACCAUAUCUAAGCUUAGCAAAUGAGAUCCAUCUUUUCAUAAUGCUUGUGCGAUUGAAAACAGUCAGCUUAAUUGUGUACCAGGUUCUUUUCUGGUAUUGUAAACAAAAAUAUGGCCCAGUAGACCUAUAUAUUGCAAGCCACAUGCCCUUAAUUCGAACCCUGAGAUUCUUUGUUUGUUUGUUUGCUGGGUGUUAUGUUGUGUUGUUUGUUUUUUGUUUUGGGGGGUUUUGCUUCUAAAUGUAUGCUUUUGUCACAACAGAAAUUGAUUUAUUUGGUGUAUUUAAUACAGCAUUACUAUUUAAACAAUACCUAAAAUUAAAAUGUAAGAAAGGUCUGUUUAUUUAAUGAUGUUAGUCUUGUACCCUACACAGAUUCAAAUACCAUAGCCCCCCCCCCUCUCACCCC